GCUGUCAGAGCCUUGCGGUGAAACCCACCUAGCAUUGUUCAUUUUACUCUUUAACAGGAGCACCAGCACAUUGUCCCAGCAAGAUAUCCCUUCGAUGAACCGGCAGCAGCUUCUGGAGAAGGAUCAGCAAGAGAAUAAAGGUGGACUUGGCUGCUCCUCCCAUGGUGUGUGGCAAGAGUUCGAUGUGAUCGUCCCAAGAUGGUCAAUGACAAAGAAGCAGCACCGUGCAAGCACUGCUCUAAAGAAAUUCGCCACGCACAGCCAAAACAAAAUCUCCGACCACACAUUCGUCGGUGCCCUAGAGCGCCCAACAGCGUCCGCGCUCGGUAUCCCUCUACACCUGGAAAACGAGCACGCGAGGCACUAAGUUCACCUACCCCAUCCAAGCGAGCUCGCACAGAAAAUUUCCGCUCAAAUCUUGUUCUACACGGACCAAUUUCUCAAACAGAAAAAAACAGUUUCACAAUGAGGUCGCUCGAGCAUUUUAUUCAUCUGGUAUUCCGUUUCAUGUUAUUCAAAACCAAGAAAUGCGCAGCGUUCUGACAAAGUAUCGCCCUGGUAUGACGCUACCAACACGCCAAGAACUGGCUACAUCUUUGCUUGACAACGUGUACGCCGAAGAGCUGAUGGAAGUCAUGGAUAUUUUGAGAAGCCAGGGUAACGUCGCAAUCGUCAGUGAUGGUUGGUCAGACCCUAAUAGUGAGAGUGUCAUUAACUUUAUGAUCGCUGCUUCCCUCAUUCGACCCAUAUUUUGGUCAUCCACCCGCUCUCGAGAUAAGCAGCACAUGGGUGAGUACAUGGCAUCGGUAAUGGCCACAAUGAUUGAGGAAGUGGAGCGUAUUGCUGGAAAAGGAUCCGUAUGCGCUGUUGUUACGGAUAAUGCUUCGAAUAUGCGAAAGUCGUGGGAAUUACUCGAGGAGAGACUUCACACUCUGACUUGUAAUGGAUGUUCAGCUCAUACACCCAAUCUGCUCUUGAAAGACAUGUUCGGGGUCGGAUUCAUUGGAGAUGUAUUAGCUAAAGCACUAACUAUCACCAAAUUUGUGCGUAAACGGCCGGCACUUCUGUAUCAUUUCCGAGCCAAGCAACGUCAGCGGUUUGGUUCUCGUCAACGGCGACGGGCAUUGGUGAUUCCAGUAUCAACACGCUGGUAUUCAAAACCCAAUUGCAUUUCAAGUGUCGUAGUAAACUAA